GUUCCGCGUCGUGUUGGCGUUUUUUGGGGAAAAUUAUAAAGUAGGCGCUGUCCCUUCCUUUAAAUUUAUGGGCAAAAAUAAUGAGGGAUGUUAAUGGGCAAACUGCAGAUUUAUUUUUUGUGUAACCAUUAGUGAUGCAAGCCAGACGAACGAUGCAGAGCAGCCUGCUUCCGAAUUUGUAAAUCCAAUAUGUGAACUUCCAGGAAGAUAAGGACGUCAACGUUGAUCUAAAUGUGUAGUGGACUUUAUUACGCGUUUACAACGCCGUUUGUGAUUUCAACAAAACUGUUCCGCUUUGCUCUGGAGGAAGAGCCAAAUCCCCAUGUGAAUAUUUCUCAAAGUUUAAGUAUAUGACUAGGAAGUGUCAGGGUGAUGUAGGGCUAAAUUUAUCGAUUUUUGCGUCUGUCUCCCAGAGUGCUGCUUCGCUGCAAAUGAUUUGUGAGCUCGAAUUCCAUCAAGUAAGCGAACGGGACUCGUGGACUGUGAUCUGAAGUAGGCUUAGUGGUUCCGCGUUCCUUUGCAUGUUGUGCGGAUGUGAAAGGAACUUUCAUGUCGUGUUCUCCCUGCACCGAUUGCAGAGACGCGAGUUCGGGUCCAAUCGAUUGGACAUGACAUCCUUGGGAGAAUUCCUGUGAAUUCUAAUAAAGACAGACUGAAAAAGCAUCUACGUUCUAUACAUCAGAUGCUUGGAAAACUAACUCAAAGGACUCAGAGGGUUCUACUCCCGGCAACAAAACAGUACAAGAUCGUUUACGGUAUUUUUGGAGUGCAAAUGUGUUCAAGAUAACAAACGUGUUUCAUACCCAGUGGUCUUCCAUGCUCUCACAUGAUUUUUAAAGUCCUUUUACCAUCAUCCUAGUGAACGGGAAAAUAUAUUUCGUAUCUGUGUUGGCACCUUCUCGGCAAUUUUCGCGUUCGGAAUAUCAUUCCGAUUACCUCGUCUAAUCGGCAAGUGUUGGGGCAGGGGUAGCACGUGUGUGUAUCAGUAACGAUAACUGUGAGGCGUAUUGAUUUUGGACGCUGGGAGUCGUUAUUCGCAAAGGCUCAAUAUUUAUGUCCUAAGGAAUUCAGGAAAAUACAGUCACUUGAGGAAAAGAUGGGUGGUGGAUAAGACAUGACAUCAGAAACCUUUAAAGACUCCUUCGACCGGAAGGGUCAAAAGCAGCAAAAUAGACCCAAACUUUUGAAGCUUACGGAAGUAUCCAUGCCUAACAGAAGCAGGAAGAAAAGUAAACUUAAGGUAAAGCCUCGAUCACAAUCGAACGUCCGUGAUCGCAUCUAUGAUGAUCCAGCAUAUACUGACGAUAUAAGCCACUUGGCUAUUCCCAUUCGUCGCAAUAGUGGUCCAGACAAAUUAGAACCUGAAACCACUUCUCAUAAAAAGAAAUCGAGCCAUAAGGAUGGCCACCAUCUUAAACGGAGUGAAACGAACGAUUAUAAAGUUGACGAUUCCAGUAGUUCUGACAAUAUGCCACCCGAUCCUGGGAAAAAUCGGCUAGGACAUAGUCUUGAACGAUCAGUAAUUAUGGAGAAGAGUCCAAAUAAGCGUGAACGACGUGAUCGCGCGGCAAAGCAGAAACGCAAUUUAAGUCUUGACAAUACACUUUCCAAUAGUCUCCGGCGCUCUUUGGAGAAAACAGCAAAUGAAAAUUUUAUUAACUUUAAUAGCGUCGAUCGACCAAAAACGCGACAGAAAGGUGUCUUGCGACAGAACGCAUCAGAAGGUUGGAGUUCCUGUCUAGCAGCUACCUCCGACUCUUCAAAAGCAGCUGAGCUCGAGGAAAUGUAUUCUGGUAACCGAAAGGAGCAGAGCAAGGUUCAAAUUGGGAAGAAACUGCUGAAAGGAGAAAUAGGUAUAAAAAGCUUCAAUUACUACCUGCUGAAAGAAGGUCUGAAAUCGUCCCGGAAAUUUAUUGACAAGCAAAGAGGUUCACUAUCGAAAGGCGAUUCCAAAAGAAAUUACUCGAAAAGUGAGGAAAACAUAUACGAGGAGAUAUUUUUUACAGAUAAAAAUUCAGAAUCGGAAGACCAUAGUAAAUACCCAGAUUGCGAAAUCUGUAUCCGACAAUGUGCAAAGGAUAAUUGCGAGUAUUGCUACGCUAGCAUGAAAUCGCACGGAUUUCAAGCAGCGCACGAAGGAGAAACCUUUGCGAAUUCUAUGGAUCAAGUGUCGCAAAAUGCCCACAUACUUCAAUACCAUUCUUAUAACCCCAACAAUCCAGGGGUUUAUAAGAUCGAAACAACCCCUGUGGCAUUCACUAGUGAUUAUAACCCAAUUUAUCACAUACAGACGGAUAUCCAACCACCAGUGCAACAGCCAACUCUAGCAUCACAACAGCGGUAUGCUCCCCGACGGAACUCGAGGGCAGGGCUACAAACGCACAAUGCCUUUCGAAUGAAUGCUAAAUCCUCCUCAUCUAGUGACUCACUACAGCACAAACACGCAAGGGAUCGUUCGUCCCAGGAUUCACAGGAAUUCUCAGAAUAUACUCAGCCUGUGAUUUUAGGGCUUUCACAGGCGUCAAACGAAUACGACCAAAAUAUUUAUAAAAGCGACUCUAAAAUUUCUAUCAUCAGCGAAUAUUCACUUCGCAGUGAGAGCUCAACGAAUCGCAAUUUUCGCUGUGGAGAAGUCAGCGAUUCAAGCUUAGGAGACUCUUUAUUCUCUUAUUCAACUCAACGCCGUUUUUUCGGAAGUUCAGAGAGCUGCCGCUUUGGUUUUGAAUGUAGGAGAUGCAGUCUAGAUGGCGAGAAGUGCAGCUUCUCGGACACUUGUCGUUACGAGUGUAGGAAUUGCGAUUGCUCUUCAAGUUAUUUCUCGUCUGAUUUCGAUGAUGGUAACUAUAGCCGACGGACACCUACAAGAAUGCGGUCUCUAACGCAAACUCAGCCAGCACCACGGCACCCUACAUAUGAAUACUACGAUGACACUAUUGACGCUAAGCAAAAUAAAUACGCCCAAGACUUCAUAAAGCAUGUCAAUGACGUAAAACGAAGUUUCUACCAGGCUGAAACGCAGCGCUCGUCGAUUCCAACUAUCAUUGAUUCAUAUGGAACAAUACCACCACCAAAACAAUCAGACAUGAGGAAAAUAAUUGCACACCACCAACAAUCGCCAUCCUCUAUAAGGGCAUCUUUAUAUGAAACAACGUCGCAUAUAAGACAGGGAAAGGCAAGUGCGUUCAAAUUGCAAAAACAACCGGUACCUAAACAAAGUGAAACCCAACCAACUUUGGGAACAAAGGACUCUACGGCUGGCUUUAAUUCUAAUAAGACAAACGAUAGAAGCAAGUCUGACAAUCCUCAUUCUGUACACUCAGAUAGUACUGAUCUUGCAACUACUCCAUCUAAUUCUUCCGGUAACAGGAAAUCAAAAAAGGACACGGAUGUUAAAUAUGCUACUGUCAGCAAGGAUAAAGGACCAGAUAGCGAAGGAGGUAGAAUCUCUCCAGAACGGGAGCAGAAGAAGCACACGGGAGCCAUUCCGAAAUCAUCCCCAGCGAUAUCAACACAAUCGACACUUCACGCAUCUCCCAACUCAAGUAAAGGGUCUGAAGAGCAACUCAUGCCGGUAUCACAAACGCCUACCCAGUGCAGUUCUCGAGCAAAUAGUGCAAAUACUUAUCCAGGGAACGUUUCUACCAACACGCAGACAUCAUCUCCCGCAUCUGAAACUAAACAAAAAAACGUUCCGAAGUCCAACGUUGAAUUGCCAGGACAUGACGGCAAAGUGAAAAAAUCCUCACGCCGAAAUGAGAAAGAAACUUCGAAAGCAUAUCCUUCCAAAAAUGAACCCAAAAGCAAUUUAAACAUCACAAACAAGCAGCCCACAGUCAAACUAAAAGAUAGCAAUCUGCAACUGACUAAGCUCGAACCCAAGGCCACCACGCAUAGCCCUCAACCAAAGGAAAGAAUAAAGAGGAAGUUACUUAAGCCUGAACCUGUCCAAGUGUCGGACUUCGAUGACGAAGAUGAUGAAGUAUUCAUCGAUGUACCCAAGCAACAAGAUGACAAGCCAAAAUCCAAAACGAGGACGAAGGAGAGUUCACGAAAACGGUGCUUCGCUUUGCCUGCUACACCUAACACCCCGAACAAAGGACAACAGGGCCCCGACGACGGAAAUACAACGACCACCGGUGAUAACUCGGAAGAGCAAACAGAACUGCAGCCGCUGCAUCCGGGAAAUGCAUCCUUAGAUCCCACACGGGUGCCAAGCGCGAACGAUGAACAAAAAGCACCGCUGGAAAAGGGGAACGCACAAGCUUCCACGACUGGCCAGCAAAUUGUGGAAUCUGCACAGCCGAAGCAAAGCUCUGCUACCUGCGGGGAAACGCUGAACGCGAGCUCCAUCGUGGAUCCUGAGAGUGAGCUGGAGCUGCACAGCUGCGCCGAUGAGAGCCGCGCCGGCUUCGAAGAGCGGAAGGUCGAUUCAUCUCGCGAAGAAGUUGGAAGUUCCGCCGCGGUGGAAGCAGUUGCCGCGAACGAGCCCAGCUCCAGUCACAGGUCGGAUGCUGCAGGUGUAACUGCUAGCAGUGACAACGGCAGUGAGACAAAAAGAGCGACUGACACCAAAUUUGAUGGAUUUACUAACAACGGUGAUUCAAACCAGCCAACUUCUGUAAAUCAAAAAACUUCUACGGACGACCAUCUGAACCUAUCGAUCGACACAUCCGUUCUAGAUAAAAUCGAUAUUUCCGAUCUUCCACUUCCUGAUAUUCCCCCGAAAAAGAAACGAAAUAAGACCAGUCAAUCAACUCCAAAGUUAACAUAUAAUGCAAAUGAGGAGCAUGUGAGUCGAUGCAAUAUUCCAGAUGACGAAGCACAGAGGUCGUUGCCAAGAACAAAAGCUGACCUGGGGAAGCUUCAAGAUAAGUCUGACUUAAAGAGAAUGCAUUAUUAUAAUUCCGGGAGGAUGCCAACUUCAAUCACCUCAAGCAGCAUAUCUAUGCCAACUUACUUCUUCGGCGAAAAGCGAACAUCGGGCAGCAAAAAACUACGCGAUGCAGAUGAAAUUUAUCUUAAUAAGUCGGGGUGGGUGCAAGUGAAUAGUAAGCGUCCAAACGAUGAACACUUGAACGUGGGUCGAAACCAUCGGCUAAAUGUAGUACGCGUGAAUAGUGAGAACAAGACUCCCGAAAAUACAAUCCGCGUAAUUCAUAUUGAUGCGAAUAAUAGCGAGAAGCCUGUAUAUGCUGUACCCAAACCACAUGGCAGCAAACUAGAAGACCUUAUCGCUAGAAAUGAAGCGCGUCGCGGCACUGGGCAACCGGCCAAUUAUCAUCGACCCGGGUAUAAAAUAAUUGACCCUCACAUAGCGUCUAUUUUGAAUGAACGCCCAGGAUUCCUGCCAGUUAAAAUGUUCGCUGACAUCGAGUCACCCCCACCGAUCACUCCAAUCCUUUCGCCACCUCCUGCUUUCCAGGAUUCGAAAUCGAAAAGAAAAAUUGAGGAAAAUAGUCGAAUAGUUAAGCACGCAUCCAUCCCCCGGAAAAACCAAGAGAAAACAACAACUCCUAAGGGGAUGGUUUUUUCGAGAAGUUUCGAAUACGACAACCGGAAACAAAACGAUUAUGCGGAAACUUUUUCAAAAAGUUUCGAUAGUAAUCUCUCGACUGAGAAAAGUCAUGAUCCUGCAAUAAUUUUUGGAACGUUGACUGGACGGUCACCAAACUACCUAACGAAAAAGGAGGCAAGAAGUCGAGACAACUCCCCAAAAUACCAGGAGCCAGUCGAAAAUUAUCUCCAUUCUAAGCAAAAAGCAGAUACGAUUAUCUACAGUACACCGAACAAACCAGAUAAGUUAGCGAAAGGGAACGUUGAUAGAAAUAUCCGAUCAAGACGCUCUCAGUUUAGCCGAACAAUGCCUACAAAUCCUGUGCCUACUUCUAGGUUUCGAAACUUCGAAUCGAAUAGUAGUCAACGUCUUAACUCAUGCGACAGCGGCGCUCGAUCUGAUUUAUCAAACGACGAGAUUGAUAAUGAUGACACAUCUCCCAGUCAGUAUCUUUCCGUAGCCUAUCAAUCUUCUGGUUACCGAAGCUCGCGUCAACGAUCUAUUACACCUGAAAGAUACGAAAGCAAUACUUUUCAAACAAAUUUGCGGAAACAAAGAUCACUGACCCCCGAGAGUCGAUCCUUAACGCCAGAAGAUCGACGGAAAAAAGGAUCACAAAUCUCGCUUAAUUCGAGGCAAAAUUCAGGUUCACGGACAAACACAUUAGAGCGGGCACAAAAGUAUGAUGAUAAGUCGAGAAGCCCGUCACGAAGCUCAAGCUCGAGCUAUAGUGGCGGAGAACAUGACAUUGCUCCUAUCCACAGGCGAUCAGGAAUUAGAAGUACAAAAGAUGAACAUCGAAUCCGUAGGUCAAGAUCUCUCCAAUUGAGCGAGCGAUCUCCCAACCGAAUGGCGCCGGCUCAUAAAACCGUUGUUUGCCUUGGACAACCUAACGUGAACAACACGUCUUCUACUUAUCAUCAUCCCAUUCGGAGUUUCCCACCUACGAUGAGACCUACACAAUAUAAUAAUCCACCAUCUUCUAUCGGGCGAAUGACCAGAUCAACUGAAGUUGACAAAAGUCGAUCGUUCGAUCUUGACUACGGCAAUUAUGCAACCCCAAACAUAUCGUCUAAGAUGGACUUUGAUAAAACUCGAUCCUUCGAUGAAACAUACAGGGAAUCAAGCAAUAAAUUAAGAUACAGAAGUGAUCAAGCAUCAAACAGGGGUGAUCUUUUUUUCAAGCAGCAGAAGUUGCCUUCAACAAUUCCACGUCAAACCAGUCCGCAGAACUACGGCACCCGUUUAUGCGACCACGAACUGACAUACGAUAUGUUACGUCGUUCGUUAGACAGAUCACCAAUAAUGGAUUUCAGCAGGGACUACGACGUUCCAGUUCCAUCGACAGCAACUAACUGCAAUUACGAUAUGCAUUCCAGUAGAAGCGAGGAACUAAAUUUUCUGAACGAAAACAUUUACGACCGCAGCAGCAAGCGGUCAUGCGACCAAUCACCAGGAGAAAAGGCCUUCUGUAGAGAUGUCACCUUAACACCAGAAAGUUUCACCCCUGAGUCAGAAUACAAAUCACUAAGGGAUUCUUUUCAAUGCGGCGAUCGGUUACAGUCAGGCGAUUACAUAUAUCGACAACCGACGAAGGGUCAAAUGGCCUCGUUGCAGUCAUCUGCACUGUCAAAUCAACCCCAACGUUCUCUGAUCGAUCGCAGCCAUCAACAACACGCUGGGGCCUCAGCGUCAAUUAGAGGAAGUUGUUCAGCUAGUUCCUGUGACUUUUGGCCACAUUGUGGCCUAACUAAUUUGAAGACAAGUCCGAUAAAAUCCCAAAGUGUUGAACAAGUCAUAAAACCAAACGUUGCUGCAUGUUUAUUAACAUCUAGCAACUCGGGAACGUUGAGUGAUGACGAAUGCGAAGACUUGAAUGAAUUGCGCGACGGUCCGGGCGUUUACUCGCGUCGAACAAAGAAAACUGAUUUGGAAUAUGGCAUCAGGCAACGUGAUAGUGAAUCAGUGCCGUUACUACAAUUGCAAAAAUCGGCCAAAAAGCAUGUAAGCGAAAACUCAAAACCAUACCCACCACUGUACGUGAAUAUGCCUGUGAUAUCGAAAACAAAUCCUUCGUCCGCUAUCCUUUUUGGUGAACGUGAAAUGCCGGUUACCCGUGAACGCGAAAAAGUUAAUUCGAACUCUAUCAAAAUUGCCUUCAUAGAAGACCAUCCUGAUCAGCAAACAGUACGUAGUUGUAUUGAUGCGAAAAUCGAUGCAACGCAAAAUAUGAUUGCGACAAAUGCAAGAGAUCGUGUUCAUCAUCAAGAUCAGAAACUGCGAUCUCGUUUAUCGUCUAAUGAACGGAGCAUUUCGCUCCCUAACAUGCUAUUACAAACUGAAUUUCCUUCGAUGUCAGCAAGUUGUGAGGCUCUCUUUUUUAACUCUUCACCAAAGUUGGGAAACCAACUAAAAGCUGUUUCAAGUCCUUCACUAUCUGAAACUCCUAUAGAAAUCCAAACGGAACCAAAGAGCCAGGAAAACAGUGGUGCGCCCUCUUUUCAAAACGAUGACAACGUUUGCAAAAAUCCAUUGAUACAACUCCAAUUAUUUGGAAAAAAAGCAACUUCAAACCCUCAGCCAGAUAAUCGGCAAAUGAAAAACGAGGAACAAACUCGAUACCGAUUUGGACAUUUAAUAUGGCGCUCAAGUAAAGAACGGCGGAAAACAAAAUAUAAUCGUAAGGACAAAUGCAAUUCCGGAGAUUCUGGUAUUCAAAUUGAAUUAGAAAAUGACGAGUCAUUUGACACACACGGAGUAGAAAAUUUAGAAGUACAUCCAUCUGCAAUCAAUACCCGUGUGCGACGAGUAAACUCUGCAAAAUUAACACAUUCUACGACAUCAUGCUCAUCCGCUAAAGCCAAAGCUCUGAAGAAAAUGGAAAAUUGCGACGGUAAAUUAUUAGCCACGCCAAUUCCUAAACGAUCUUUAAGUCAGCCGUCAGGACUCGAUCAUGUAAUAAGAACAGAACUCGAGGAGAGUGAUGCAGACAGUAUCGCUUCACACAAAGAAAUACAAGGCCACCGACCCAUAUAUGCCCAAGUUCUUUUUCCUUUCACUCCAGAAGAACCGCAAGAACUAGCGCUUGAACGUGGAGAUCUAGUGCAGGUAAUUCGUCAGGAUCUCGGAGUUUGGUGGUACGGUCGAAUAAAAUGCGACGCAGUUGUUGAAAAAGUAAUACCACAACGGGAAGGCUGGUUUCCCAAAGAUUACAUUCGAAUAAUUCCCAAUGAAUUUGAAACAAAGACUGAAAACGAACAAGUUUACUCGUUGAGAAAAAAUGUGGAAAACAAUGAAAAGUUGCAACCAUCACCGUCCCGAGCAGCUUGCACCAUGUUACAACCUCCCAAUGAUAAUACUGUAAUGCCGUUGAAACCUAGUCAAUCACAGAACCAGCAAUGUAACGAAUCACUCAAAAAUAGUGUUAUUAAAGAAUUGUUAGAAACCGAAAUCAACUAUGUGAAGCUUUUGUCAUCAUUAUGCAUGGGUUUUCUCAGGGAAAUGCGAAAGCGUAUUGACAUAUUCACACCUGAAAGUAUACUCCUAAUUUUUUCAAAUAUUGAGAGUAUUUGGCUGUUUCAACAACGGUUUUUGGAUAGUUUAAGGAAGGGAAUUGAAACUCAUCGAAUUGCUCAAGUUUUUCUAAAUAACUGCCCAAACUUCAUGAUAUAUUCGACCUAUUGCAACUCAUAUUCACGAGCAUUAAUGGAAUUAGAAACUUAUUCAAAUAAUAAAGAUGCCAAAUGUAUUUUAGAAUUAUGUCGAAUUGCUGAAAACCUCCCAGAAUUACCUCUGUCAGCGCAUUUGCUUGCCCCGAUUCAACGAAUAUGCCGAUAUCCGCUACAUUUGGCGGAAUUAGUUAAGCAUACUCAACCAACAAAGUCUCCGUGUGAAGAAAAGGACGAAUCUGCUGGUAGCAGCAGUCAACAAAAUAUCAAAGACAGCAGAGAAACGCUGGAAAACGCGCUAUCUGCCAUGAAAAAAGUUGCAGAAACCGUCAAUGAAGGGAAACGACACAGUGAGAAUUUAAAUCGAUUCCAAGCUAGUUUUGAGAACUUCGAGGGACCUCCUAUAGGCUUUCAUAGUACGAGAUUUUUUCUGCAAACUGAUGCGACUCGAAUAUCUCCCAAUUUAUGGAAUAACACCUACACUCUAUUUUUGUUCGACAAGCAGAUUAUAUAUUGCAAAAAAGACAUCCUAAAACGGAAUCACUACAUUUACAAAGGACGGAUAUUUUUAGAUGAUUGUCGCAUACUCAAUUUACCGGACGGCAAGCUUUUCGGUGCAAAUUUAAAGAAUGCCUUACGGAUAUAUUGUCAAUCGAGGAGCAAAUGGCUGGAUUUUUGCUUCCGCAGCCCAAGCCGAAAGGUUAGGUUUUUAAGUACACUAGCAGCUGAGCGCCAGUUUUCCGGCAGGAAUUUGUUCAUUUCUGAAUUAGCUGGAGACGAGGAUAAUGUCUCAGAUGUCGAGUAUCCCAGCGAUCAUGACACACAAAAUCGUAAUGCCGAAUUCGAAGAUAUAACUUGGAAAGAUUAUAAUGUCAAGAAAAUUAACACCAUUGCGCCCAAACAUAAAUUCAACAGUGAUACUUUACCGAAGAAAUCAAGGAAAGUUGGAAAGGAUAACUAUGAAUAUAGUACCGCCUCAUUAGGACGUAAAAAGAUCGGUGGAUGGUUUCGAAAAGCGAAAAGCACUAACACUACUCCUACACAGAGCCCCACACAUCAUUCAGCAUUAACAUUCCAUUCAGACAACUCAUCACAAAGUAGUCCAGCUCUCGGUUACAUAUGUCCUAAAAACAAAACAAACGAGUUCAUAGUCUCGCCCUGAGAAUAUGAAAGCACCUUGAUUUAAAAAAGUUACUCACGUUAGGAGAAAAGUAGAAUACAAGACUGUCAAUUUAAUAUUGUGUUUACUAAGGUGACACAGAGGAGAAUCAACGAAAGGAACACUUCAUAUCGAUGUCUCAGUGUACGAGUUAUGAAAUGUGAGGAAUUUGAUGCCAUAUGCGAAUCUAUAAAAGUAUAGUAGGCAAAUCUUCGAAAGAAAAACUGCAAUGUUUAUCAAGUAAUAAACAGUCGUUUAUAUCUUUCCUAAUAUUACUUUCCAGUACUUCUAAAUGAGCACUUAUCUACUCUCUGUUUUGUUUAGGAUCAAACCCCGUUUUUAUAUCAGCAAUUGAAUUCAUCAAAGUUUCAUUAGCAUAUCUCUAGAUGGAUUAAUUGGAAGAAUUAAUUAGUUUCUCCUUAAAUUAAUUAACUAUAGAGAUCAUUUUCAGGCUAUUUAGCUUGACUUGUGGUGCAGGUUAGGAAAAUAAUUUAGCAAACUCCUGAUUUUGGCCACUACAACAAACAACUUUUAAGUGAUCUUCCUCUGAACUUAACUACUUACCGCAUAUAUGCAGACACAUACCAUACAUGUAGAAUUAUCUUAUUGAUAGAAUAUCGUGUCCAGUAAAAGUAGGGAAACGCACAAAUUAUAGCCGGCGGGCGAUGAGUAACUAAAAAAUGUAAGAAAUAUUCCGUAACUAAAUCUGUCAAGUUUUCAAAUAAUUCGCGGAAAAUUGAAAAGCGUUAUUAGGCACUCGUCUAGAAAGUGAUAUGUACACUGGAAUAUAUAAAUACCAACAAUAAAUCAGUAUGGAAUAGAGCAAUAAAAUAAUUGUAAGACAGUUGUAUGGUUGAUUUUGUCAAUAUAUUGUUAAGUACGAAAAAUAUUCGCUAUUAUUACUAUUUUCACCAAAAACAAAGUGACACAGGUUAUUGUAUAUUGACACAUUCGUUUUACAAAAUAAUGAACCCAAAACCAAACAAUAAAAUUCUGAAAAAUA